AUGACGUGUAGGCAGUACACCUUGUGCGAUAACUCUCUUAAUGAAAUAAUCCCAGAUUGUGAGGAAGUUAAUUUAAGAAAGAGACAUGUUGCUACAGCUUGCAAGGAUGGCACACCUCGCAAAGACGGCACACCAAGCGAGGACGGCACACCAAGCGAGGACGGCACACCAAGCGAGGACGGCACACCAAGUGAGGACGGCACACCAAGCGAGGACGGCACACCUUGCGAGGACGGCACACCUUGCGAGGACGGCACACCUUGCGAGGACGGCACACCAAGCGAGGACGGCACACCAAGCGAGGACGGCACACCAAGCGAGGACGGCACACCAAGCGAGGACGGCACACCAAGCGAGGACGGCACACCAAGCGAGGACGGCACACCAAGCCAGGACGGCACACCAAGCGAGGACGGCACACCAAGUGAGGACGGCACACCAAGCGAGGACGGCACACCAAGCGAGGACGGCACACCAAGCGAGGACGGCACACCAAGCGGAGACGGCACACCAAGCGAGGACGGCACACCAAGCGAGGACGGCACACCAAGCGAGGACGGCACACCAAGCGAGGACGGCACACCAAGCGAGGACGGCACACCAAGCGAGGACAGCACACCAAGCAAGGACGGCACACCAAGCGAGGACGGCACACCAAGCGAGGACGGCACACCAAGCGAGGACGGCACACCAAGCGAGGACGGCACACCAAGCGAGGACGGCACACCAAGCGAGGACGGCACACCAAGCGAGGACGGCACACCAUUCGAGGACGGCACACCAUUCGAGGACGGCACACCAUUCGAGGACGGCACACCAUUCGAGGACGGCACACCAUUCGAGGACGGCACACCAUUCGAGGACGGCACACCAUUCGAGGACGGCACACCAUUCGAGGACGGCACACCAUUCGAGGACGGCACACCAUUCGAGGACGGCACACCAUUCGAGGACGGCACACCAUUCGAGGACGGCACACCAUUAGAGGACGGCACACCAUUCGAGGACGGCACACCAUUCGAGGACGGCACACCAUUCGAGGAUGGCACACCAUUCGAGGACGGCACACCAUUCGAGGACGGCACACCAUUCGAGGACGGCACACCAUUCGAGGACGGCACUCCAUUCGAGGACGGCACACCAUUCGAGGACGGCACUCCAUUCGAGGACGGCACACCAUUCGAGGACGGCACACCAUUCGAGGACGGCACACCAUUCGAGGACAGCACACCAUUCGAGGACAGCACACCAUUCAAGGAUGGCACACCAUUCGAGGAUGGCACACCAUUCGAAGAUGGCACACCAUGUGAGGAUGGCACACCAUGUGAGGAUGGCACACCAUGCAGGGACAGCACACCUCACAAGCACUGCACACUUAGUGAAGACUGCACACCUGUGAAGUUAGGAUGCCUUGUGAAGACAGCUCGCCCUGCAAAGACACCUUCAGAACACAAGACACCAAUAAAAUUGCACACCUACUGA